AUGGCAGCAGCUGAGCUUGUAUUUAAAGAAAAACAUUUUUUGAAAUCAGGCGGAGACCAAAUUGAAGGACCACCCAGAAAACUUCCAUUCGGAACCGAACACGCUGCAUCUGAUAAUACUGGCGCUCCAUCGGCUGAGCUAACCUUCGCGGAGCUUCAAAAAACACAUCUGGAAGAUAUUGAAAAAGAGGAAGGUACAUUAAAAAGUAGCAUGAUUGGAGAGGGAACAGAGAAACUAGAGGAAAACGAAGGAUCCUUGCCAUCCGAAACUCCAAAAGCUCAUGGUUUGGAGAAAAAUACAUUCUCUGGAGGAGUCAAUGAUGGAUCUACAUCAUCGGUCUCCUCGUCUGGUCUUUUAUCAUGGCAGCAGUGGACCUCUUCCUUCUCAAGGCGUCUUAUUGCGUACGACUUCCAUGUGAAUCCAGAAUAUCCACAAUUUGCUCCAAGAGCUCGUGGAUUGGUAGGAAUCCCGGAUGGUUGGAAUCUCGACAAACAAGUCGAUGAGGAAUUCCGAUCUGGAUUUAGAAAAGUUGAUUUCAGAAGAAGAAUAUUUCUCCAUUGA